CAAGAGUUGACCAAUGGUUGACCAACAGUUGAACAACGAUUGACCAGUGGUUGACCAAGAGUUGACCAAGGGUUGACCAACAGUUGAACAACGAUUGACCAGUGGUUCACCCAUAGUUGAUCAAUGGUUGACCAAAAGUUAACCAAUGCUCGACCAGUGGUUGACCAUCUCCCCCCUCUUUAUGCCAUCAGGUAAUGAAAAAACCAUCUUUUGUAUCCCACUUAACCCGGUUGCCCCAAAUAGCUUGUAGGCGGCUCUAAAUAUCCUCUUGUGGCACUGGCCUAUACUCUGUCAUAAGCAAGUUGACGUGCACGGUGUUGCUGACCAGACCGCUGACGAAUUGCUGCAGGAAUCUGAGGAGGAGUGGCAAGAAUAAGGAACCUAAGCAAAGCAGAAGAAAAAGUCCAACAGUCACGGACAAGAGUCUGGACAGCCAGGCAGAAGGGUUCUUGAGGCAGUUCAUUCAUCCUGCCCCCCACCAGUCUCGGUUGAUGCGAUCUACAAGGGUGCUGUCCAGCAGCUUCUGCACCGUUGCUCGCUGUAUGGAAGUGGUGACAUUCUUCUCCCAGUCGAGACAGCAGAAACCUGGCACUCCACCUUGCCAUCAGGACGAAUGAGAACCGUCCCAACGGGAAGGCGCUCCGUUAACGGAUGGUCUGUGGCUCGCCGCUCUAGGUGAUUCAAGCCGUACAAUGCGCGUAGCAGCAAAGCGUGAGGGCACAGCUCUGCUCCGGCUAACCUUCCCCCCUCAACCUGCGUGGAUAACAACCCGUGUGGAUUAACUCCUGCCUCGAAAGGAGGUGCUGAAUGACAGCCAGGGCACGCCUGAACAAUUUCCCACGCUGUCAAUAGGGGAAUAUGGAACACUCUGCGCAGAGCGAUAGCAGAUUGGGGGAACUGCCGGUGUGACGGCUCCGCAGCUACCCGAAGGUCGGAGGUGGUGAAACAGCAGGCUGCAUCUGCCUGCACGUUUCCUUCGGUAGUGAAACCUGGAGCCUGUGUGUGACUAUUCACAUGCAUAAAGAAUACAGGGUGUGUACGCCAUGAUAAAGUGUUAUAUCGCAUCACGGCCGUCUCUGUCCGGGGUUCCGUGCAGGAACGACACAGUAUCACGGAGCGAAAGCAAUAUUGAGUAUCGGUUACAAUGUUGACGGGCUGCUGGGCAAAUAGGUCAAGAGUAAGACAGACAGCCAAGAGCUCCAGUUGUUGUGCUGAGCGUGUUUCGUCUUCUCUAACUUCAGAAUGCCACACGCCUUGGUGCAACCAGGCCACUGCAUAGCGCUGUGUUUUUCCAGCGGCGUCGGUAAAGGCCGCAGUGCCUUGUAGUGGACUCUCAGCUAAAGGAAGCACAGGGCAGCGCUGCGCAGGAUGGGAGCCAGCAGGCAGCUCUUGGGACAGCGUCCUCUCACUCUUCUCUGCCUUUCACUUUCACUUCCACUCUGACUCACCCACAUUUCCCGGAAUGGGAGGAGAAGAUGUUGAGGCUGCAGAGUACAAGUAGCCCCACAGCCCGGUGCUCAGAGCCCUGCUGUGCUGGAGGGACACGGAGCCGGGAGGGCAGAGCCGCGUUCCACACACUCGGAGCCCACCAGAGCCAGGCCAGGCGUGCCGUGAGCCAUGGCAUCUGCAGCGUCGGUGCUGGAGUUGGCGGAGCCCGUCUGCUUCGUUGAGAACCAAGCAGGGCAGGGGCUGGCGGUGCGGCAGGACGCCCUGCAGGUGCUGGCCAACAUCACACAGCCCGUGGUGGUGGUGGCCAUCACCGGGCUGUACCGCAGCGGCAAGUCCUACCUGCUGAACCGGCUGGCCGGGCGGAGGACGGGUUUCUCCCUGGGCUCCAAUGUGCAGGGUCACACCAAAGGAAUCUGGAUGUGGUGCCUGCCUCACCCCCGCCAGCCCGGACACACGCUGGUGCUGCUGGACACGGAAGGGCUGGGUGACAUGGAGAAGGGGGACACCAAGAACGACGCGUGGAUCUUCGUGCUGGCCGUGCUGCUCUCCAGCACCCUGAUCUACAACAGCAGGGGCACCAUCGACCAGCAGGCCCUGGAGAACCUGCACUACGUGCUGACGUUGGCAGAGCGCAUCAAGUUGAGCAAGAGCCCCGGGGAGAGCGGAGCCCAACUGCCCGCAGCCGCCGAGUUGGCCCAGUUCUUGCCAACCUUUGUGUGGGCCGUGCGGGACUUCACGCUGCAGCUGGAGGCGGAUGGGAAGGAGCUCUCCGAGGACGAAUACUUGGAGCAGGCGCUGAAGCUGAGGGGCGGCAGCAGCGCGGAGGCCGAGAGCUACGACCGCCUGCGGGAAUGCAUCCGCCAGUUCUUCCCCGAGCACAGGUGCUUCGUUUUCAAACAGCCUUGUUUACCUUGGCCCAUCGAUCCGGUCUAUCCAGGUCCCUCUGCAGAGCCUUUCUACCAUCUGACAGAUCAACACUCCCUCCCAACCUGCUGUUGUCUGCAAACUUACUGAGGGUGCACUCAAUCCGCUCAUCAAGAUCAGCUUCA